CUUAUUAAUGAUUAAAUCUGCUGGCCUUGGGUCAUCACCAUGUUUUCUGCAAUUUAUUUCUCUUCAUGUAUGAUAAAGAGCAGUUUGAAACGUAAAUCUGAAUAGGAAGGGUUGAGUAUGUGAUCUCCAUGUUUCUUUCCCAUCCAGUAGAGUGUUGUGUCAUAAGGAUUCCUGACAGUAGUAUAUGGCCCGAUGAAUAUAAAGACCAGACGCCCAACAUAAACUAAAGGAUGCUUACAAAUAUGUGUAAAAACAGUUUUAAACAAUUGUAGGAUGAAAGAUUUGAAUCCGUUAUCUUUAAGGCCCAACAUAUUUACCACUAUGCUAAAGAAUAUUGUGGUGAAAAUGAAGGCCGAUAAAUUAUAUAUUUUUGUGUCAGCCGGAAGCUCAAGCUUCCAUUGCUUGGUAUCAGGUCGAGUGUCGACUAAACUGCCGAUGAGUAUUCACAGACAAAGAAUCAAUGAGAGCGGUUUUUCUCUGUUUUGUAACAUAGAACACAUUCUGAGUUGUGAUUGGGGUUCCAGAUUUUUCUUUUGUCUCCUAUCAUGAGUCUGUUACAGUGGCCAACCAACCUCUUGAAGUUUUUCUCUUGCAGCAUAGUAUUUAUGUAUACAUUUUUUUAACUAUGAGAACAAUAAAAUUUUCACAGAAAUCACAUUCUUUUGAGAUUAUUAUGGGGCUAACACACAAGGUGAUUGUGAUCAUGGUAAAAAUGUGGUGCAUAAGGUGCAAUCACAUGAUCAAGUCAUCGAGUAAGGGGCGGCUAAAGGGAUGUUUGAUAAGUCCACAAGCCAAAGUAGAGACACAAUCCAUAUAUGGAGUAUCCACUGAAUUGUAAACAUCAAAACUGGUUUUCCUGCAGCAUAUCAAUCAUCCCAUUAUGACAAGAAGGAAGCGUUUUUAUCAAUAGUCACAUUCCAAGAAAGAAAACUAAACUUACCAGAAGAAAGAAGCUUAGACUCUCUGUUCGAUCUACAAACAUUUCGCCAACAAGUACUUAAUGAUUAAUGCAAGUAACAACUCAUAGCCAUACAAUCUAUUAAGCCAAUGAAUAACAUGAUACAAAAUUCCACAUGCAGCGCAAAAAACUACUAGUUACAAAUAAAAUAAAACAAAAUAUAAAAACGCAAACUUUAUGUCUUUGACGAAUGCAUUAUUAGAUUAAUAACGAAUAGUAGUGGGAUAUUUUGUUAAAAACAAUGUUUCUUGUUAGGUGUUCAUAAAAAAAACUAGGUGUUAAAAAAAAGAAGCAUUGCUUCUUUUUUUUAUGAGAGUAAAAUUUUGAUUUAUUAUUUCAAAAAUUAAAAUCAACAUUGAUUGAAAAUAUGAAAUUCAGCAACCAGAUUUACCGUUGAUUUAGCAGAAGGAAUACCAAGAGAGGAGACAUAGAAAAAUAAAUUGUUUUCUCUACUGAAACAGAUUAGUUUCAUAGAGAAUGGAGAAAUAUAUCUCACAGUUUAUUGAGUUAUUCCAUGGCAAAAGUCUUUCCUUUAUUUUUGGUAGGGUAAGACACAGACCGAAUAUUCGGACUUCAAAAUUAUUCAUAAUCCUAUUUGUUUUAUCUGGAUAAUUAUUCGAUUUGAUCCGAUUCAAUUUGCAUUUAUCCGGAUAUUCAGUGUGAAUAUCCGAUAUGAUACAUAUAAAUAAAAUAAUAAAUAAAUAAUAAAUAAGGUCUAAAAAUAAUAUAAAAAUAAUAUUUAAUUAUAAAAUAUAAAUUUAUUUACUUUUUAAAACUAUAAUAAGUAAAAUAAUCAAUUUAAUAAAUAAAAAAAAUUGUAAACUUCAAUAAUAGAUAAAAGUAAAAUAGAAAAUUUCCAAAAAUAUUAUUGAGUUAUGACUUUGGAUUCUAGUCAAUAUUCUCACGAUGGACGCACCAAUCAUAUAAAACGUAACUUCGAAAUCCUUAGCUAAACAAAGGAAAUACAAAAUUUAAGGCUCUUAUAAGAGUGAUCUUGCGGUAGCAGAAAAAAACAUGGUCAAUGGAUUCCCUACAAUAGACGGUCCAACACCCGCCGGAAAACCCUCAUCGGAUAAACACUCCGGCAAAAUUGACGUCGGUCAUCACAUGUACAGCCUUUACUUCAAGGGUUUGGUCAGCGAGGACUCAUUGGCCGGAUUUGGGGUCGCAAUUUUGGGGCAGAAAGAUGAACUCGUGUUUCAGAUGAAGGGACCAAUUCAUGGCACCGACAUUACUGUUUUGGAAGCUGAGCUUAGUGCAUUGAAGCGAGGACUAACCGAAGCUGCGGAUUUAGGGAUCAACCAUAUCACAAUUUACAGUGAUAAUCAUCCAACUCACGACUUAAUCAGUGGAAGGUUGGUGCCAAAGGAGAAUAAUAUGGCCUUGCUAGUAAACGAUGUGCAGCGCAUCAGGGGAAGGUUUUCGUCUAGCUUUACAAUUUUUGUGUCCCGAUGUAGUAUCAAACAUGCUUAUAAACUAGCUAGAGAAACAAUAGUUUCUGAACAAAUCAGCAUACCUGUGGAUACUCCUCCUCGACGAGCCAAGCCUGCCCGGAAAAUGACUUGUGCUAUAUGUUUAGAUGAUGAUGUCAAUGCUGAUCAGAUGUUUACUGUUGAUAAAUGUGGUCAUCGGUUUUGUUCCGAGUGUGUGAAACGACACAUAGAGGUAAGGCUACUCGAAGGAAGUGUGAUGACGUGUCCUCAGUUUCGUUGCAAGUCUGAACUGAAUUUUUAUAGAUGUGCCGAUCUUUUGACACCUAAAUUAAGAGAGAUUUGGCGACAAAGGAUCAGAGAGAACUCGAUUCCUUUUGAGGAAAGAGUUUAUUGCCCUAACCCGAAGUGCUCAGCUUUAAUGCGCGUAACCGAGCUUUCAAAACUGAAUAAAGAGAGUGCAGUUAGGAGAUGCUGCGAAAAAUGCGGUGAGCCCUUCUGCACCAACUGCAAGUUUCCAUGGCAUGAUAACUUGUCAUGCGACGAUUUCAAGAUAAUGCAUCCAAAUUUAAGAGAAAGCGAGCUAAAGCUACAUGCCCUAGCAAAUCAGAAACUGUGGCGUCAGUGCGGAAAAUGCCAACACAUGAUUGAACUUUCUAAAGGAUGCGUCCUCGUAGUUUGCAGAUGUGGACAUAAGUUUUGCUACCGAUGCGGAGCCAAUGCUCGAAGUUGCACACAUGGACUUGGCCAUAUGUUUCCACCACAGCCUCAAGAGCUGGAAUCUCCGCCACCGGCACCGCCAUGCUGGGCACAAUGUUUAUGUUGGUUGUUUCUUCUAUUGUGCGUAUAUUUUAUAUCUGUUGGUAUCAAAUCCUGAUAGUAUAAUCGAGGUUUAAAGGUAGUUUCAAAGGGUUAAUAUUUCAAUAGACAAGUUACCAUUCUGAUUAUCAAAACAAUUUGGUCUUCUCGUAUAUAUUUUCUUAUAACACUAUUCACACUAAACCAAAUUUGGUGGGAUAAUAUCACUUUUAGUGUAAGUUAGUGGGAUAAUGUAAAUUUUAGUGUUUCGUUAGAGAUGAAAUUACACCAAAUUUGGUGUUUGGUAUUCCAUUAUAGAUGCCUUAAGCUUUUGGAGAUUAUAGAAACUGGUUAAC